AUGGCUACACUUGUGCAGGUUGACUUUAAGCAGAUGGGCGCAAUGGGCCGCACUGGCGUCCUAGUCACGGGGCGCCCCAGACCCUCACGAACGAGACGUGGCUCAAGUGUAUUCGUGUGGCGCGCACACAAGAUCUGCACCCAGCCCUGGAGCCCACAAGCCGAGACCUGUUCUUCCGCCUGCGACGCUGCUGGUGACGCCGUCGAGUCGCACGCGCUGCAGGCUCGACGGCGGCCGCGUUCCAUCCUAUUGCAGAUACAAUACGGUACUUUGCCGCAGGGCGACGGGCCUUAUCCCGCGUAA